UCCAAAUCUUGGCCAAUCCCCCACAGUGGGUGUGCGCCAUCGCAUGAGGAGUACCAUACCAUACCAAGCCUGCACGCUGAGCUGUCUUCUGGGCCUUUCGCAUGCACCCCCGCACCUGCGACUCGAACAGCCUAUACUCCCGGAAGAUCAGCUGUCAACGGCGACAGCUUCUUUUGGCGACGCGCAGAAGCUCUUCGUAGCCUCAGCGAUGAGCCGCGGGUCGGCCGACCAGCGCCGCCCUUGCCCCGCGCUCGACGGGCGUGCCGCGACCAGGCGCUCGGUGCCCGCGGCGAUGCCCUACACGGCCAAGGAAAACGCGGACAGCGUCACCUUCUUCGGCAUGUGGUCACCCGUCAUUCUGUUCCCCAUCGUGCUCAUCGGCACAAACGAGUCCCGGUGCGCGUACUGCCUGUGCCUGCUGGUCGCGCUGCUGUUGACGGACGCGCUGUCUCCACAAGUGGCCGCCAUGCUACCCUUCAUCCUCUUCUUGGACCUGCCCGUGGAAGAGCAUCCGCUGUACUUCAAUAUACCUGCGGAGCUCCUGCACCAGAUCGCCGUGGUGCUGAUGGUGGCGAGCGUGGACGCCACGUCGCUGCUGUGCCGCGUGGCUCUGUACGCGAUGGCGCUGUUCGGCACGCGGGUGCGCACGCUGCUGUGCGGCUGCGUGGCCGGCGCCGCGCUCUGCACGCUGCUCAUGAGCGCCACGGCCGCCGUGCUGCUCAUGGCCGCCGUCGCCGACAACAUGGUGCAGCUGCUGCAGAACGAGCUCGUGCAGGCGUUCCAACAGCGUGCGCUGUUCGACCAAGCGACUGUGGGGCUGUCCUCGCUGCGGCGCCGCCUGCUCGAGGACAUACUGUGGCCGAGGCGCUUCGGAGACCGUGAACCAGCGUCGCAAGCCGUCGCAGAUGGGCUAAGAUCUUUGCCAUCCACAAGCUCCAGCGAGGCCACCAUGCGCCUAAUUCACAAGUGGUCGUCAUCGCCGCACGGCCGUGGCGUAGAUCGCGAGUCGCUACCCAAGCUGGCCAACGCGAAGUACGUGAAUUCGUGGGUGCUGGACUUUCUCAUCGAUACCAAUGUCACUGACGACCAGUUGAUGAACCAUGAGGUGUCCCGAGCCAGCGCCCCGUGCUCCACGGAGACCGGGGAGGAGUUAGUACGGCGCCACUCACCGCCCAAGCAACCUGUCGCGCCGAGCAAGUCGUCCUUCUUGUCGCUUCCCCGCGUCAGCCGGCGCUUGAAGAAGACGUCGAUCCUCGAGGACGGCCAAGUGGUUAUGCCGGGACAAUCGUCGCCGGAACGCAAGGGCGUCAAGAGCAUCGAGCCGUACCGGCGCCCUAAGGUUCAGCAAACCUUUCAACGGCACCAGCUCCAACAAAUCAUAGCCUGGAGGAAGGAUCGUUACCAGACGAUACACUACCAGCUACUAAUGGGUGUCGUGGUAGCUUCGUCUUUGUCCAGCAUGCUGUCCCGCGCGCACAACAGCGUCCAGAGGAACGUCAUCGGGUACGUUGAAAGCAGGUUCCGCCAGCCUAUGAUGACAACCGCCAUCUGGUGCAUCGUGCUGUUACCCGCCGAGCUGCUGGGCAUCGGCGCAUUUUGGCUGCGCAUCAAGUUCACCUUCCUGACAAACUUUGACGCUCCCGACAAUCCAGAGGCCCAAAUCGCCAUUCAGCUGCUGAUCCAAAAGAUCCACAAGGACAUUGGCCUAUUCAGGUACGCAGAGAUAAUACCGACGGUGUUGCUAUUGACGUGGGUCCUGGUGGACUCCUUCAACAUGCUCGAUUGGAGCGCCCCCUUCGACUUCGGCGAUAACCGUAAGCACCUCGAAUUCGAUUACUUGAUGGCCAUCCUGGCGUUCGCCGUCCCUUGGCAGCGUUGGUACGACGGCCGGACGCUCGACUUCCGCCAGGUGGCUCGGCGGCUGCCCUGGGGAGCCUUCUUUCUCUACCUCAGCAGCCUGCAGCUCGGCUUCGUCAUCAAGGAGUUCGGGCUGGCAGCGUGGAUUUCGCGGCGGGUGCGCUCUAUCCAAGCGCCCAACCGGCACUUGUCACAAGUGGUUCUCACUGCGUGCUCCGCGCUCCUCACCGAGAUGACCGGCGACGCGGCCACCGCCUCUUUGCUCAUGCCAGUCGCCGUGGACGCGGCGAUCGGGAACCGGUGCCACCCGCUGUACUUCGCGGUGCCCGUGCUCGUCGCUUCCUCGACGUCGAUGAUUUUCCCCGUGGGCUCUAUGGCGCUGGCGCUGCUCAACAGCAUCACUGACAUUGGAGCCAGGGACAUGAUGGUGGCCGGACUGAUGACCAAGGCAACCACUAUAACCAUAAUGCUCUUCACAGUCAACACAGUUGGAUAUUAUGUCUUCGAUUGGAAGGAGGCCCCACCAUGGCUGGACCCAGCAGGCACCGGCACCGUUGGAAAUCUGUCUACCAGGCUGGAUGUCCUCUCCGUCUGAAUUCGCUCACCGAGUCUCUUAACGUCACGCGUCAUCCAUCCUGCCAAGUUCCUCACAUGCUACAAAUAUCCUACUUCCAUUUGUUACAGCACGCGCGCCAUCAUGUUAAGAGAAUGUAGUGCAAAACAUGUAGUGUCACGCUAAGACGCUGUACCAUACAUAUGUCCGCCAGGCGAGUAUCGGGAUUUCAGCCUCACAUGUCUGUUACACACAGUUUGGGCAUUUGCUCAUUCCCACUUAAGUGAUGGACAUUCACAUAAUGCGUAGCAGUGUCGCGUGCGUAUAUCUGGGGUCACAUGAAUUAAAAAUAAAAACAAGCACGCAUGAUUUUGUUGCGACAAAAGUGAGGUGCAAGCCGAGUCACCGUUGUCAAGGGCAACCAUAGAUACAAGCGACUGCGCCGCUGCGGUCGCGGCUAUGCGGCUUCGUUUCACAUGCACCGCUUUCGCGCGACGCCUGCCUCUCCGAUGAGCGUCUCCUGCAGAACGCGCCCGCGAGCAGUGUGGGUUUCCGUGGUUCACAAAGGAACCUCCACUUUUAUCCAUGUUUAAACGCGUGUUAGAUGUGGGUUUUUUCGUUCUCCUAGAGCGGCGUUAGUUGCCCAGAAAAAAAGGAAAGAAUUGCAUGCUGAAAAUGUUCAUUUUCUUUCUUCUUUUAAAAUAUAUUCUCAUAUCUAAUAUUUAGUUACCAGUGAUUCAUGUCUGUACCAGUUAACAUUUAAUUUAACAAUUUUCACUUGGUAAUUUUGUUUCGAUUUAUGUUCCUGUACAAUUUUUUUGAACUUUCGUAGUGCCCUAUUCGUGGCCAAUCUCCCAGAGUGGGUUGCGCCAUUCACACUAAAGGACGACCAACCUAUCAACUUAUUUGUGAAGAAUGCCCACUGUGCCGAUUCACGUUUACUUCGGAUUCAGUUCCUCUUUUAAAGCUUCCUCCAAUUCUACGCGUCUUGAACGGAAGCCGGAAGAGGAUCCUAUUGCCGAAAUGUGCCGUGAAACGAGUCUGUCAGCUGCCCUUGUUCCCGAAUGCCGCCGCUUGCAUUCGUGCGCCGUUUAUGCCAAUGCCCCUAGGUAGCGCCAUCUCCUCUCCUCCUCCUCCUCCUGCGCCGGCGUUAGGUCCCCCUACGCGAAGCCGAACUAGCAGACGCUCUCAGAAUCAAACGAUGUCGCUACGUGUCGCUCGCGCUUUCGAGGCCGUAUUUUGAUCGUGAUUUUUUGACGCUGUAUCGUGAUUGGCUGCUGAAACAUCGAGAGGACGUCUGAUUGUCAUUGCGCUUGGAUGGCUCGGUGGGCUCUACUUAUCCGUGCUGCGCCUUUCUCAUUUCAGCGCCAACGAAGCGGCGAGAACAUAGCAUUUCGGCAGCGCCGCACUCAGCGACUUUCGCAGAUAGCUUUUCAAGAUACGGGCCGGCGCGACUCUCUUGAACGCUAAGUAAGCGUCGAGAACACAAAGCGCGAACCUAUAUCAGCAGUCGCGACUCUCUGUCGGCAUCGCAGAUCGCUUUCAAGGUACGGUCGCCGCACCGUGGCCGCUUCGUAACGUACGGCGAUACACCCAAAAGGUGCUGUUCGCAUGCAUUGAGUCCAAAGACAACGCAAUGGAAUGUAUGACUCAGUCGACAAAAAGCAUGUGCGUUUGACGACUGCUUCGUUGAAGUCGUCCACGAAAGUUGCAAAUAAGCGCAGCGCGAACUAUCGAAACCACAUCAACAAUGGUAGCAUAUGAGAUUAGCGAUGAGCGAAGAAUCGCUCGCUUACCUCACAGAGCCGGCCCGGCUGAUUCUUUGAAGUCAGACCUUCCUCCGCGCCGUGUCUCGCUUCGCAGAUAGAAUCCGGAAGAGUCGCUUGCCGUCAGUUUCACGUGUGGUGCAUCCGAAGCCACAGUAACACAUCACGAACACCGAACUAUGCUACAAAAGCACAAAGGAGGCGCAAACGUGGCGUCUGCGUAUGCCGCUCGCCCAAUGUUUGGCACCGCGAUGGCAGCGGAACCAAAAACACCCACGCAAAAGGCUCGUGGCGGCGUCCGGCUAAUGGGAGGGCCGAACAUCGACGGAAAGCGCAGGGGAGGACGACGGCGGCAAUCUUCAAAGGAUGGCGCUACUUUUGUUUUUUAGUGAGGAGUUUUAGUGUAGGCCACAAAGAUGUGAACGGCUUAUAGUGACCAGGCCUGUUUGGCUUUUAAUCAG